AUCUUGACUACAACAGCGCAGAAGUCACGGGCUACAGGUGCGGCAGUGUAACUGUUUACAUGGCAUUGAAGUUUAACUCCAUUACCAAAGAAAAAGAUGUGAUUGCAAGAAUUCGCACUGCUGUAGAGAAUGGGACUACAGGAGGUUUUACAUUUAAUGUCUCAUCAAUAACUGGGACAAGAAUUCCUCCCGAAAAAGCCACAACAGUGCCAACCUCGCCUACCGGCUCACCUGGAGGGUUAAAGUUGUGGAUGAUUAUCCUCAUCGUGGUUUUGGUGCUACUUUCUGUUGUUUUGGUUGGAAACAUGUGUUGCUGGUGCUUCAGCACAACGAUUUGUAUUGUUGUCGUCAUUCGAUUUAUCCGUAAAUGUAUAUGCAAGGAAAAUCAGGAUUCAAAGGAAGUCCACACUAAUGAAUGCCAAGACACGGAGAGGGAUAGGGGUUAUGCCUCAGUCGACCACCAGUAUGCGGGUCCUAAUGCCAACUAUCGAGCCUUCAAUCCAUCUUCUUCGCCUCCAGCAAUUUAUGAAAUUGCCAAUAGGGAGUCUGAGGGAAGAAGAGGACGUGGAGCAAGUGCACCGAAUGAGCCACUCCCAGAAUACGCAGUGGUCGAUAAAACCAAGAAGAAAAAGAGGACACCUACACCUGGUGAGCUUCAGUAUGCUGAACUUGGUGACCUGACGGGUCGUGGAAAGAAGGCAACACUACCACCUGUUAGUGGUACGAGUACUGUGUAUGCAGAAGUUAAUUAG